GCCAACGCCACUGUGACGACAGGCGGUGCUGAGAGUUCGGGGAGCGCUGCAGCUGCCAAGGCAGCGCCAAAGGCGCCGAGCAACCAGCCCACUACGAAGGGCGACGUUGGGAAGGGAACAGAGAAGGGCGUCAGAACGUUCCUUGAGGGAUCGUACUUUGCGAUGCCCAUGGUCGCACCUUCCUUCGUUGAGUCAGGAGAGAAGAUCUAUUGGCUUCUCGACUCUGGGAGCUCGUACCAUGUGGUUUCCCAGGCGACGCUUGAGAGUGGACACGUCAAGGUUUUGUCGAGGAAGAAGCGACCGAAGACUGUGUGCCAGACUGCCACUGGCGACCUGGUGGAAGUGGGAAGCGACACCCACGCGACGAUCGAGGUGAAUUUUCUCACCACUCGACACUGUGAGCAGCGACGAGGAGUUCUGAGCACUUUUGCGUGCACCUGCCGUCUAGAAGCGGAGGUAGGGGUGACGCUGCUUCCAGCAGUGUUCGGCGACUGCACAUGGCUUCAGAGUGUGAUGGCUGACUCUGUCGGGCAGUUGGUAGGUCAGUCGUCUUGCGGCAGCUCUGGAGUGCAGUUGGUAGGAUCGCCGUUUGUGCCAGGAGCAUGUGGAUUCAUCUUCUUCACCUUUGUGCUCGGGGGCCACGUCUUCCGAUCGAGGCCGGCCAGUGCGAAGAAGGGCUGGACAGGCCGGGUGGAGGCAAUGGAGAUAUCCUCCGACGAGGAGGUAGAGGGGCCACCUGCCCCAAAGGCGACGGGAGUGACUCUCGCGGCCUUGAGCCACAACAACCGCAACUAUUGCGAGUACUGCAUGGUUUGCGGGAAAAACACGCGACGGAACCGCCCCGGUUUGAAGCUGCUACCGGACAGGCUUUCGGACCCCGAGAGGGUCGAGAUGAUGAUCCAACUUCGUAUGCCGGACUUGACCGAGCCCGAGAUCAAGAAGGCGAGGGAGCUGGUUCUCCGUCUUCCCGGGUUCAGCAACCCACCGGCGAAGGCGGGUGCUUCGGAAGCCACAGCGACAUCCAGCAAUACACUUCCUGGAAUCUGGGCGGAACCACCACAGCCUCCACGAGCAGUGGAGCGGCGUGUGCUUCCAUCACAGCCGGAGCCGCGGCGUGUGAAAGCCAGGGGACGGCCUUGGCCGGACACUCUGGGAGUCCAGCUGCGGUCGACCCAACAGCUGGAGGGAGCGCAGGUGGACGCCUCCAAGUUCGCCGGAUUCGGAGGACUGGGGUACUUGGAAGCCGAGCCAGCACAGGCUGGACGCGGGGAUCAGCAACCACAGAGGGGAUCCGAAGGGGAUCGGGUCUAUGAUGCCCAAGACGCCGCCCAAGCAGGCGCCAUUGGUGGCACCUGCGGAGGAGGACACGGACCGCCCGUUGCGUCUCCGAGUGUGCCGCCUCCGGCACCUCCGCCACCACCGGAGUCGGCUCCACCAACAUAUUCGUGGGUGCCACGCAGCUACCCGCCUCCGGGUGCAGUGCUGAGUUCGCCCAGCGGCGAGAGUCUCUACACGAGAAUGAGGCUCGGCAUCUGUACGGAGGCAGAAGCAGACUCCUGGAGGGUUGCAGCGGAGAUGGCCACAGAAUCUCGGCGAGUGCGUCCGCGCACCGCACUGCCGAUUCCACCUCCUGCUCCUAUUACGAGCCGGCCUACCUCAAGCCCAACGGCCUCCACCGGGAAUGUGGGUUAUCAACCCACCGCCACGUCCGCCAAGGGGACGUUCUCGCACUCCGAGCCUGUAAUUUUCUCACAGCUUUCGAAGCCCGACGCCAUGAACAAUGGCCUUUUUGCUUUGCCAACGCACCGGCAUGCGUGGAAACAUUCUGGAGUGCACGCUUUAUGCGAGCUCUGCGGUCAGCCAUGUUCAGUUUUCAGUUCCGCUGCGGUUGUUGCCCCGAUGCAGGAAGAGGACCCCCUCAACCAGAAGAAUCACAACAAGGAGCCCAAUACGCAACCAGAGGGUCCGGCCGGUUUGGGUUUAGCAGCAGGGCAAGGAGAGCUGAUCAUGUCACAAGAUCCGGAGACACGCCGUGAGCUGCACAAGCGCCUGUCACAUGUCUCUCAGGGUCACGUCCCAUACUGGGCGAGCUGUGAAGCUUGCAACAGAAGCCGAGGGCUGACGCCAGCCCGCAUGCGAAGUGACAGACCCGAUAAGGAGUAUCAGGUAGAUCAGUUCAUGUAUCGCUCAAGGUGCUUUAUCAUUCUAGUGCAUGUGCUUGCUUUUGCGAUUGGAGUGACGUUCCGACCAGAAGGGAUGAGUGGACGCGAAUCAGCCGGGCAUCUCGAGCCGUGGCUAGCCCACUUUGGGUUAGGCCAGAGCGCUGUUCCUAAGCCCUCCUUCUACUCAGAUCCGGAACCGCUGACCAUCAGCGUCGCACAGGCCCUAGCGGAACGAUAUGAGGGACACAGUGAAAGCUUUGCUCCGGAGCGCCACGCUCCCGUUGCUGAACGAGCAGUGCGGACCUUGAAAGGAAUUGUGUCUUCUCAUGAAUUACAACUUCGUGAAAAUGGUGUUGUGCUCGGGGAUGAUCCGGGUACUUUAGAGUUUCUUUUCAGAUACGCGGCACAUGUGCACAAUCGCUUUGCAGUGUCGGUUGGGAGCACCAUGUCUCCAUUGCAGAAGCUGCGGGGCCACGACCACAAGCCCCAGUUGACCUAUCCCUUCGGGGCUGUCGUUUUCGCAAAGGUCAGCCGUUCUAGCAAAGAGGAGAUUGAUUCCAAGUACGCCCGCGGGGUGUACCUGGGUCCUGUGCUUGGUUCUACCGGGCACCAGGUGCGUAUCCGGCUAGAUUCUGGAGAAACCAAGUUGAUUGUUGCGCCGGGUCUGAAGUUGCUCUACCUUCUUCGAUAUGAUGCUUCGUUGCUUGACGGUGCCAGGCCUCUGGAAGGCUUUGUGCCACCUUUGGAUGAGGAGCGCUUUCGUGAGCUCCACCUUCCCUAUGUGCCGGGAGGGGGACCCUCCAAAGAAUGGAUCCGCGAGCACGGUGGCACCCCAAAGUGCCCCGGAUGCUCCGAAGAGGCCACGUCCUCUCGCCAUUCGAUAAAGUGCGUCCGGCGCUACCAGCGGUGGCUCCGAGAUGCUGUGGACAACGCUCUUGAAGAGCUUGAUCGGGACCCUCCGCCCGCUCAAGGCCCACCGGCCAAGCGGGUUCGAUUCGGUGAUUCGGAAGUUCGUGAGUUUCCAGCGCCCUCGGCGCCCUCAGAGCAAGAAGUAGAAGUACCACAGAUCAAUGCGGAGGCCAACGACCAUCUUAGUGACUACGAGCCCUCGUUGCCCUCCGAGGACGAGGGAGAAGAUGAUCUGAUGGGUGUCGCCGAGGCACCGAAGGAUGAUCGCCCCGCGAUUCGGUUAUUGGAGGAAAUGUGGGCCUGCGGCUGCGUCCGCUACGUUCCCACUCCCUUGACCGCGUGUGAUGUGUAUGAUUUGCAAGCGUUUUGCUCGUUGCUUGUCGACGGCCGCUCCUCUUGCGAUAAGUUGCCGUACUCUUGCAUUGCGUUGCUUGGGCAUGAACGUGUGGAGCAUGACGUUGGUCGGCCUCGAAGUUCCUACGACGACGUCGAUGGAAUCCAGCUAGACAACAAAGAGAGCUGGGAAGGAAUGAAGACUGAGGUCAAGGCCGUCGACUCUUUGCAAGUCGGUGUAGGGGCGGGUAGCGGGGUCUGUGUUGUGAACGACAGCAUUUACGCCCGGACUUUAGCUGCCAACUUGUGGGCACCUCUUUCAGUGAGCAAGUUCUUUCUCGACGCAUUGCAGACAUUGCCUCGCGGAGAGUGCCUCCAGCUGAUUGCUUUCGUUGGCAAAGCAUACCCGGCUGUGCUUGCUGAAGCUGAGCAGGCGCUGGACUGCAGACUUGCCUGCCACGUCCCUCACGACCCAUGA